AUGCCAAAAAGCUCACGAAAAUCGAAGAAGAAUACUCUGUACGAGGAUGAUGCUGAAGCAGCAGAUGUCGUCACAUAUAAAAUGCACAGUCGAACUACGCGCACAGGAAGAAGAGUGGAAGAAUUAAUCAAAGUCCCGUUAACCAGUGCGGAGCGAUACCACAUUAAAGAGGCUCAAGGACCUGCAGCCUCCACUGAUGUUGAUGAAUAUGAUCCAGGGCCAGCACCUAUGGACUGCAACAGUGGGGAUGAAGAUGAUAUGUAUAACUGCUUACGUGCACAUUAG